GGCGGGAGAAGACUGCCGCUUCCGCGUCCGCGCACAGCCACAACACUAUGGAGGGCAAAAUGGACGAUAAGUUAAUAUUGGCUGUAUUUAAUUACCCAGAGCUGUACAAUGUCACUUUGCCGAAUUACCGCUGCACAGAAAGUCGGGCAAACGCAUGGAGAAACAUCAGUAUCGUACUGGGUCUCCCGUCUGAGGAGUGUAAAAGAAAAUGGAAGAACAUGAGAGACAGGUACUUAAAGGAAGUCCGGAUGGAGAUCAAAAGCAAGAAGCAAGGAGAGAUCGUGCAGAGUCGAUGGAAGUACAGACAACUCAUGAACUUUAUCGCACCCUUCACUGGAUCGAGAAGCGGAGUGGCGGACAUCUGCAGCAACGAGGAUGACCAUAACAAUCCUGACAACGAAUCUGGCAGCGCAGAGGGAGAGACCACAUCAUCUGAAGCAGUAAAGACACUACAGUCUGUCAUGAAAACCCCUGCAAGUCAACCUGACCUCAAGCCCCAGGUAGCAUUUGUGACGCAGCUCCCCUCAGUGUCUCAAGACGCACAGAUGGCCCAGCUGGGUGUUCUGGCUAAGAUGCCGUCGAGCCCACAGGUCACACCCAUCAGCAAAACUGGACGUAAACGACGCCUGAUGCAAGAGUCUCUUUCACUGUCUUCUUCCCAAAGUACACCAUCCCCGACAAAAUGGCUGGUCAAAGACAAUGGCACCUCAUUUCCCAACAGGCCGCGGGACGAGGACGAACUGUUUCUCCUGAGCUUCGUCCCUGCACUGAAGCGGCUCGCUCCACAGAAAAGGUGUGAGACAAAAAUAAAGAUCCAGCAGAUUAUGUACGAAGCAGAGUUCAACGUUGCACAGCCACAGUCUCAAGAGAAACAGCCGGAGCCGGCAACGCAGGACUAGGCUGCACUGACUAUUUUUAUACUUUCCUCUGCUUUCUGAAAACCUCUUCCACAAAACGACCAAAAUAUAUUUUUCUUUUUAUACGGCACAAAGUGGUUGAGUCUGAAAUACAUCCUUUAUAAUGUUAAAUAAUGAACAAUGAAGGAAAACUUAACAUUGAGCAAAUUGUUGAAUUUGUCCAAACCACUGUGGCUUAGUGUGUCUGAUUUGCGUAUUUAUUAGGCUUACAAGAGAAUGAAGCCUGAACAGAUUGAACAGGACGACAGAUAAAGUCUGAUUAACAGCUUUAUUUACAGUUUUACUGUCAAUAGAGGGAAUUUACAGUUAGAAAAGUGGGUCAUAUUUAACCAGCCAAUCUUCAUUUCAGUAAUAAUUCUGUAAUAAUUACAGUAUUGUACAUUUAAUUACAGUGACAGAGAAAAGAUGAGACAAUUCAAUGAGGAACACUGUUUCAUAAAUUAAUAUUUUCAACUGCUUACAUGCAUUAACAUAUUUUUUUAUUGUCAUCUAAAUAAACAGAUGAUGUCUAACGUUUUGAUUUCACAAAAUGUGUGUGAUUUUUGGAUUUUUUUCUGAUGAGACGUAAUUUAUAAGAUCAGGUACAGCUUGAUAAAAACAAAUUAGUACAUGACAGAUCAGGGAGACAACAUGGAGGAGGCACAUGCUAGUAUUCAGAGUGUAACUGUAUGAUACUUUGCAACCUGUUGAUGGUCAUUUCCAUGGAAGACAUUUUGAUUUGUAACAUGUAGGAAAAGCACAGUAGUAAAUUUAACGAUCAAACUGUCAUGGCUUAUUGGGACACCUGAAUAGAACAGAGCCAUCAUCAAUGUUAGUAGUAACACCUGUGCUUUUCCUGCAAUGACCACUCAGUAAGAGAAGGACCAACUGACCAAAAUUAAUUUCCUAUUAAAGCUUUAGGUGAAAGCAGAGAGGCUCAACUUGCUUUGCCCGGGGCCACUUUUGCAAAAUGACAGAAGGCCAGUCGCAGGAGAUCAGGUGUACGCAGAGGUGUCUCUAGGAUUUGAGGACAGUCAGGGCUGAGGGUGAGUGUUUCUGGCACAACUUCACCUACUUCCAAAGUGCAUGGAGAGGGGAAAUAAGCCAAAGGAGGUCAAAACUUCAGACACACUUUUAGUAUUUGGAACGACUUUAUUGCAUAACCAACAUGUUCUGGCUCGUGGCCUUCAUCUGAGUCAUGAUGGCGAUGAAAGAGUACGUGUUGGUCUUGCAAUAAAGUUGUUCUGAAUACAAGUGUUACUGGAGCUUCGAUCUGUCUACUAUUAUUAUGCACUCUGGCACAUGAUCUAUAUAAACAAAAAAAGUACAAAAGUACAAAAAAAAACAGUGUGACCCAUUUUAUUUUCAUUGUAAAUAAGGAAAUGGUUGUGAGGCCACCUGGCACCCUAUCACGGGUCAGAUUUGGCCUGCAGGCUGUAAGUUGAGUAUCAGUGGUGUAUAGGGUUCAAAUAGGGUCACAGGGGCCAAAUAUAGGCUGAGAGGAAAUUAUCAUAUACUACAUAAGGUAUUAAGAGUGUAAAA